AUGGGCUUCCCUUUCGCCUCUGUCUGCGGCGGCGGCGCCGGUGGUGGAGAGGACAGCGUGAGCCCGCUCCUUUUCCACAGCCACCGCGUGUCCGCCGCGCCACCGCUGUGCUUGCUCGACGUCAACACCACCACUGCCGCCGCUGCGGCGACGAAAGAGGCAGCGGAGGGCGGUGCAAGUGGAAGUGUUCGUGGAGAAGAUGCACCACUACAGGUGGACCACCGCGAGGAAGCCGUCACGCUCGGUUUGCUGCUCUGGCGGCUCUUCCGCGUUCCCUGCCUCCGCUGGCUAUCCCGGCGACGACAGCAGCCGCAGCAACAGACAGCGACGUCCGCACCCGUCCACACCACGUACGAGCGUCUUCUCCAAUUCCUCGCCCACCGUUACUAUACGGACGCCCCCGCCGCCGCGGUCGAGCAGCUCGAGCUGCAGGACGGCCUGAAGUCUGUGCCCACCAGCGGCCCAAGUGGCGGUGGCACCUCGCCAUUGCCGCCGGUGGCUUGGGCGCGAUGGGAGGCGAUAAUGGCAAGUCGGUUCAUCUCGGACUACGAUGAUGAUGAUGAUGAUUGGCUGCGGCACGACAGGUGGACAUGGAGGAGCUCCUGCUGCUGGUGGUGUAGCAAGGACGGAGGAGGAAAAGGAGGAGGAAAUGAAAGUGACCGUGGUCGCGGGCUUUACCUGUCCUCCCAAGAGAAAUGGGACAGCAAUGGUAGCUGCACCGAUAAUGGCGACAGCGAAGCCUCGUUGGACGCGCACCCGUCAUCGUCCACAGUGUUUUCCCCGUCAGGCAUUGUAUUUGAGGUGCAAGGAACGCAACCGCUGUUGAAGACACCCGCCAAGUUCCUCGAAACGUUCCUAUCCUCCUCCGACCGCGCGCUCUACGUCACGAUCCGCGUUGUCUGA